ACAAAAUAAGGCAUCGCAGGACUAAGCCUGGAGUCCUGCCAGCUUUGCCUGUAUCAAUACCAAGGCGCAAGGGCAGCUCAGUCGUUUUCUGUCUUGCUAUUUACUAUUUCAUCGGAACGGAAUUUCAUAUCAUGCCACAACUACCAAACAUUAUAGAUUUCAUUAUUUUUAUUCUCCGGAAACCAAAAGGAAAAAGAAACCAAACGGGGACACCAUAUUCAGAGGGAUCAGGAACGGAACAGCAUUUGCGUAUCAAUUUUUUUUUUCUUUGUUUCUUUGGGGGAAACGGGAUUGCAAUAAGACGGUCCGAUCGUGCUUGCUUGUUGGUUGGUUUAUCGUGUUUAUGGGCUAAUCAGCUACAUAACCAAAACACAACACAUACCACAAACACAUACACAAGCACAAAUAUUUGUUUAUAUAUUUUCAUCAUGAUGUAUGACUGGUAUGAAGGGAUACAGCGAGCACCCGCUCGGGCGGGAGAGGCUUCCGGUGUCGUGUACGAAAUGAUUUGGUUGGUCGGUCGGUCUCAUAGUAGCAGAGGAGUGGAAGGAGUCUUAGAGAGCGAAUUUCUCAGAACCACAGUGUACUGUAGCUUAAGGUGCAAAUGUACUAAUCUACUGACCGACAAUGGUGGUAUACCAAGUGACUUGCUCUUAUGUUGCCUUGCCUGUCUGCCUGCUUAUUGGUGUAUUCGGGAGUACUUCAUGAUUCUACCUAAUUGUUCAAAUCCUCGAUGAAUGUGCUUAUUAUCGGCCGUGAUACUGGGAAAUUAGAGAGAGUCUACUUGACCCCUAGACGACUUUGCUUAUGCUCGGUUGACUGUUGUCUUAGGUAAGGGACCUACCAACGUAUCUUGAUUUACCGUCUUCACCCUAGACGCGGAUAAUGAUGAACAUAAAUUA